AUGACGGAAUCUGAUGAUGCCUCUCGAGAAUCACCACCAGCCAGAGGAGGAGAAGCCUCCUCAAAUCAAGAUCUGUCUAAUCCCGAAUCGAGCAUCCCUGUCUCGCUCGAUCUCAAGCUCAACGAUAGUUUCAACGAUGACACAAAGGGCACAAAGUGUGAAUCCAGUCCUAGAGUCUUCUCUUGUAACUACUGUAGGCGCAAGUUCUAUAGCUCUCAAGCUCUUGGAGGUCACCAGAACGCUCACAAGCGUGAACGAACAAUGGCGAAACGAGCAAUGCACAUGGGAAGAAUGUUUGGUCACCAUCACAGGCCUUACACAUACUCAUCUUCUUCUCUUGGGAUGCAAGCUCACUCCGGUGUACUUCACCCCACCUUAUCCCAGCCUCCUCUUGCAAGGUUUCAUCAUCAAGGGUACUUUGGUAACACCGUGCCAUUGUUCUUUGACUAUGACGAUGGUAGUGAUUUCUUCUGGCCCGGGAGCUUUCGUCAGGUCGUAGAGGAAGCUGAAGCUCCCGUGGUGGUGGCUGUUACAGAGUCAGGUCUUGAUCUAAACUCGGCUGCAGCAAAUGGAAGUGUAGUAGAUAAUAGCAAUAGCUCAAAGCCUGAUCUUACCUUGAGACUCUAA